UCUUAAAAAUUAAUAAGGCAACUGAAGUUUGAAACCACAGUGUCUUUAUUUUCAGUUCCUUGUUCCUUUUCUAAAUUUUUUGUGUACACUUGAAAGUAUAUCGUAAGCAGUCAUGGAUGGUCCAGGACAGUUUAACGAAAGAAAUUUUGAGCAAAACAUGCCUGCAUUUCCACGGAUAUAUUUGUCCGUUCUACGACCAAGUUUAGCAGAAUUCUUUGGCAUUUAUUUUCUUACUUUCGGUCUUUACGCGUGUUUAGUUGGAGACCUUAGAAUGCGGGGGUUCGGUGCUGAGAUAGCUGUAGUUUUCUUAUUCAUUGGUGUUUACUCCAUGACAAAAAAAGUGAGCAAUGGUCACCUCAAUCCAGUUAUCACUAUGGUUCAAAUAUUUCGAAAAGGAAUCCAACCAUUCACUGGUAUCUGUUAUAUUGUAGCACAUUUGCUAGGUGCCGUACUUGGAGCUCUUAGUGUAAGGGCCAUUAAAACCAGAAAACUUGAUAGUCAAUUCAUACAACCAUCGUUGGGUGAUGGACAUUCAAUAUUUGCUGAAAUGAUGGGUACAUGCAUUGUAAUUCUGGCUUAUCUUUGCCUGGCAACAAAAGGCAAGGGAAACACUGCCAUAUUGGGAAUUGGUUUUGGUUAUGCAGGGGCAUUGAUUGCAGUACAUGGUUUUGCUAUGGGUUACCUUAAUCCAGCUCUCAACUUUGGCAUUUCAGCAGCAAGCAAUAACUGGGAGAAACAUUACGUUUACUGGGUCGGAACAGUUGCAGGAGGUGUACUUGCUGCAAUAUUGCAUGGUUUGAUCUUUGCCUCAGACGAUGCACUUUGGAUUGUCAAGAUCAUGAAUCGAAGAAGAUAUUUCCCAGAGAGAAUUACAUAAAACAUAUCUUGGUUGUCCUAUGGUUUUGAGCAAUGAUUACUUAAAUAUGAUGAUUUAGCAAAUCUAAAAUAAAAUAAAUAGAACAUUACAGGCUCAAUUUCAUGAAUAACAUCUUUGAAGGCAACUCAUGUUUGUGUUUUAAAUAAAUUGUUUUACUGCAUUUUAA